AAAACAUUAAUUUCGCCCAAGAUAUGCCGUACAAAUGGGUCCCCUCCGUUGGAUCCAUAAAACGACGUCGGUGUAAACGAGUAUGACUACGACGACUCUACUACGAGUUGCGAACUGUUGGCCGGAAAUCAAUUUCGUCGUCUUCAUCGACUCUUUCUCUCCCUGAAUUUUCUCUGGCAUUUCGAAUUUAUAGAGGUACGCGAGUCAAAUAAUCUUCACUAUUUACUCUUCAAGUUAGUAGUCAUCGAUACCGCUUGACUCGCCGCUACUUUUUCUAUUCUUCUGCGUUUUCGAUCUUUCGCGGUUGCAGUAGUUUACGGCGCCGGAGUUAGAUUUCGGACUGCGAGGAUUUGUUUGAACUUUUUAGAGUCCUUGAGUGGGAUCGAGGUACGCAUGGCUGCCAAGGCUUUAAAAGAUUUGAAGAAUCUUCCUGUCUCUGAGAGGAAUAUCGACUAUAAAACAAAGCUUUUGGUUGGCAAAAUGAAUGGAACAGCUGAAGAUAAACCACCACAAAACUCUGUCCCCUUUGAUCACAAUCAUCCUAAAGGCGAUGAGAUUGAGAAACCUGAGGCAGAGAGAGUUAUCGUAGAAAUUGAGUAUAUAGAAUCCAAAGACUUGAACAAUGUAACCCAAGUUGAUGCAGUUCUCAAGUCACUUGUAACCGAGCUAGACUCCAAGGAUUGGGUUUUGGUCUGUGAUGCUCUUAAUACCAUUCGUCGUCUUUCCAUAUUCCACAAGGAAGAAAUGCUGCAUAUGCUGGAGAAAGUGAUCCUGUUUAUCGUGAAAUCACUGAAGAACCCAAGAAGUGCUGUAAGUAAAACCGCAUGUAUGACAUCUGCUGACAUCUUCAGCUCAUAUAAUGACCAUACAAUCGAUCAAUUGGAUCUCUUGCUUACUCAACUCCUCCUUAAAUCUUCCCAAGACAAGCGAUUUGUUUGUGAAGCAGCAGAAAAAGCAUUAGUAGCAAUGACUGCACAUGUUUCUCCUGCCUUGCUGUUGCCAAAGCUUCAACCUUUUCUCAAGAAUAGGAAUCCUCGGAUCCGCGCAAAAGCAUCCACGUGCUUCUCCCGAUGUGUUCCCCGACUGGGCAUUGAAGGCAUUAGAGAAUAUGGAAUUGAGAAACUAGUCCAAGCAGCAUCGUCUCAGCUCAGUGACCAACUCCCAGAAUCUCGGGAGGCUGCACGGGCAGUCUUACUGGAACUUCAGACAGUGUACAAGAAAACUACUAAUGUCGAACCGAAGGAGGAGCAUCCAGAGCCAGUCACUUGGCAAAUCUUCUGCCAAUCAAACCUCUCACCUCUUAGUGCACAGGCUGUGAUACGUGUCACCAAUGUCGCAGGUGUGGCUCGAGAGGGUCUUGUUGCGGGUUCAUGACAGUCACAAGCCCUCAGUUUGAUAUUGUAAGCCUCUGUGAGUAAACGUUGUACGACCACUGUUUCUCUAUCUUUGGUUUAUGGGUUUGUUUCUUUAUUUUGUGUGUGAAUAUGUCGAUGUGGUAAGAUAAAUCUCAACGACUCAACCGUUAGUUUUAGGCAAAAAGUUAGUCGGUUUAUUUGAUAUAUAUCAUGUUUUAGUCUAUAUUACAUUGGUUUUCUUAAAACUUUUUUUUUUUUUGGCCAAAUGUUUUCUUAAAACUAAGAUUUCAAUAUUAAACAUUUAGUGCAUAUACUCUUCUUUCUG